AUGUCUUUCUCCAACACCUCCACCGGCGACAAGCCUGCCGACCCUUACAAGGCCACCAACAAGGACACCGAUGUCUCCCUCAAGGAAAAGGUCGAGGCUCUCGUCAACUUCGCCAACAAGAGCAAGUUCGGCAUGAUGACGACCAGAGACGCCAAGUCCGGUGCUCUCGUCUCCCGCUGCAUGGCUGUUGCCGCAACGGAGAACGGCGGCAUUGACCUGCUCUUCCACACCAACACCGAGUCCCACAAGACGGACGAGAUCGACAGCGAUCCCCACAUCAACAUCUCCUUCUACAACAGCUCCGGCGACUGGGCCUCCGUAUCAGGUGUCUCCAGCAUCGUCACCGACCGCUCGCUGGUGAAGAAGCACUACACCUCCACCCUCAAGGCAUGGCUCGGCGACCUUGGUGACGGCAAGCACGACGGCUCCGAGAACGACCCCCGUAUCGGUGUCAUCCGCGUCAAGACGGUCAGCGCAACCUACGCCAUCAGCAACGCCAACAUUCUUGGAAAGGUUGCCCAGGUGGCCGAGGGUGUGGUGACCGGAAGCCCUGCGCACGUCAACAAGUUGAGGGAGAUCUCGUCCGCCGAGGUCGAGCAGUACCGCGCCACCGCGUCGUCUUAG